AUGGAUCGCUUACGAGCGUCGGCUUCUCGCUGGAUAUUCCAGCCCUCACAGGACUACCAAGACUGCCACCGAUCUCUGGAGGCUCAGCAGCAGCAGCAACAGCAGCAGCUGCUGCUGCAGGAGGCUGCAGCUGUAGCGGCCCAUGACGCCGCAGUUCGUUGCGAGGCACUCUUCUUCAGAGAGGCUGACACCACGCUGCAGCAGCUGCGCUUCCUCGCUGCGCGCAUGCAGCAGGCAGCAGCAGUGGCAACAGAUGAUGCCUGCGGUGCAGCAGACGCACAAGCAGCAGCAGCAGCUGCUGCUGCUGCUGUUGCUGCCUCUCUCCCCGUCGAAGGCACUCCCCAGAACGACUGCAGCGGUGUGUCAGAAAAGGCAUCCUCACGCAUUCCGACAACAAGGGCUGAAAGAAAAGCAGACUUGGAAGCAUUAACUGCGUCGAACGUACGGCAGUGGCUGGACCAAUUCUGCAGCACUGCAGCUGAUGUUGUAUAUACACUGACGCCAUACCAGCAGCAACCGCAACUGUUAGACUCGCAUCUCCCUCAGCUCGUUGAAGUGCUCAUAGUACCAGUCAGACAUCACUUGCCUCUGCUUACCUCGCAGAUUCAGCGAGAGCAACAGCAGCAGCAAAGCUCCAGCGGCAGCGAGUCUGGAUGGGCAGCAUCGACGGCAAGCUGCUGCCUGCGAGUGCUGCUACACCUUAUCUAUGUUUUCUGCAAAGUGAGGGGUGUCAAGGCAGUUCGAGCAUUACUGCCGCAGGAGCCUGAGCUUCUGGAGCAGGUUUAUUCUGCUCUUGCAGCACUUCAGCAACAAGAGCAGGAGCAACAGCAACAGCAACAGCAACAGCAGACACAGGAGCAACAGCAACAGCAACAGCAACGGGAAUUACCGCUGUCCAUCAUUUUGCUGGAAUAUCUGUGCUGUCGAGUGUACAGACACCCCGAUCCUCAAAUUCGAAAGCUCGCUGCUGCUGCAGUUGCGCGCAUUGCACCGCAUGCCGCUCCCUACGCUGUAACUGUGAGGUUUCGAUCAAGAUCACACAGACAGAAUAGGGUCUUUAAAACUCAGUGCCUGUACAUCGCCUUCCAGAAAGGCAGUUUUGAAUUAUUUGCCGCACAAAGAAGGCGGCGAUUUGAGGCCAGAUCUUUAAGAGCAGCGGAUGUCGAUGGCGGGGGGGAGGCGAAAUCUGCGGCAAUGGCAAGUGCAGGAGAGGCAGCAUCGGCAGUCCGACAAACUGCAGAUUCAGCACAAGCAGCAGCAGGAAUCGUCGACGGUGCUCUGCAGACUCAAGUGCGAAACAGCAUUGUCACGUUUGAGCAGCAGAGGCCAUACAGGAGGAGAGGUGGCGAUCUUCUGCGAGAAGCCUCUUGCGCCUUCAUUGCCUCUAUAGGUACAGCCGCAGCUGCAUUUGCCGAUGGCAACAGACAGCGCUAG